UCAAUUCUCAAUGUUUUAAGCAAGCAAGCAAAAACCACAUCUGUCUUUGCAAAUGAGAAACCUCUUUCUCCUCCUUUUCUCAAUGAACAUUACUCUAAGAUCGCUUCUCUUCUUGAUACUUUUUUCUCUGCCAACAAAUUUAUUGGCCUUAACUCAAGCUGAAGACCAGUUCGUCUAUAAUGGCUUCAAUGGAGCCAAUCUUCGUCUUGAUGGGAGCGCUAAAGUUCAUCCUAAUGGUCUUUUGCAGCUGACCAACACUUCUGACCAACAAAUUGGCCAUGCUUUCUACCAACUUCCUUUGAAAUUUAACACAUCCUCAUCCAGGUUGGUUCAGUCUCUUUCAUUUUCCACCACUUUUGUCUUUGCCAUUGUUCCACAAUUACCAUCUCUUGGUGGCCAUGGCGUUGCCUUCACCAUUUCGGCAUCCAUGGACUUCUCACAAGCCACGCCAACACAGUAUUUGGGACUCUUAAAUUCUUCUAACAACGGCCUGUCUUCAAACCAUCUAUUGGCGGUUGAGUUUGAUACCGCUAAGAGUCCUGAUUUUGAAGAUAUAGAUCAGAACCAUGUGGGAAUUGAUGUGAACAGCCUAAAAUCUAUUGUUUCAACUCCUGUGACAUAUACAGAAGAAGGGACAGAAAAGAGCUUGGUGCUCAUAAGUGGAAAGGCAAUACAAGUUUGGAUAGAUUAUGAUGAUGCGGAAAAGCUACUCAGCAUAACAUUAGCUCCUAUCGAAACCCCAAAACCAAUUCAACCUCUGUUGUCAACAACCAUCGAUCUUUCUCUAGUUCUCAAGGAUAGUAUGUAUGUUGGUUUCUCGGCUGCAACAGGAUCAAUUACAAGCAACCACUACAUUCUUGGGUGGAGCUUCAGCAGGAAAGGGCAAGCACAAGAAUUAGAACUUUCAAAGCUUCCUUCAUUUCCAAGACGCAGAGAAACGAUGGAGAAACCAGGUCUAAAAGUUACAGUCUCACUAAUAACAGUAUCAAUGGUGCUGAUCAUCGGCGCGAUCACCUGGACAGUUUAUGUUAUAAGGAGGAGAAAAUAUGAAGAAUUACGCGAAGAUUGGGAACAGGAAUAUGGACCUCAAAGAUUUUCCUAUAAGGAUUUGCACAAAGCUACAAAUGGUUUCAAAGACACAGAGCUUCUUGGAGCAGGAGGUUUUGGAAAGGUUUACAGAGGAGUACUCCCUUCUUCCAGCAAAGAAAUCGCAGUAAAGAAAAUCUCCCACGGAUCAGUACAAGGGAUGAAGGAAUUUGUUUCUGAAAUUGCUAGCAUGGGAAGGCUAAGGCACAGGAACUUGGUGCAGCUUCUUGGCUAUUGCCGAAGAAGAGGAGAGCUGCUCUUGGUCUAUGAUUAUAUGCCCAAUUCAAGUCUUGACAAGUUUUUAUUCAGCAAUGAAAAACCAAACCUUAAUUGGGCUCAACGUUAUAGAAUCAUCAAAGGGGUAGCAUCUGCCCUUCUAUAUCUACACAAAGAGUGGGAACAAGUUGUUAUACAUAGAGAUGUAAAGGCCAGUAAUGUUCUUUUGGAUGCUGAUCUAAAUGGAAGACUUGGAGAUUUCGGGCUGGCUAGAUUGUGUGAUCAUGGAGCUAACCCUGAAACCACUAAUGUGGUUGGAACCGUAGGGUAUAUUGCACCAGAGCUUACUAGAACAGGCCAGGCAACGACUUUCACCGAUGUGUUUGCUUUUGGGGCAUUUAUGCUCGAAGUGGCAUGUGGAAGGAGGCCUGUAGAGCCACAAGGAUUGCCUCAAGAGAGAUUUUUGGUUGAUUGGGUUUUGGAGAGCUGGAAACAAGGAGCUAUUCUUGAAACCAGUGACCCGAGAUUCGAAGGUGAUUAUGUGGUAGAGGAAAUGGAGUUGAUCUUGAAGCUGGGGCUGCUCUGCUCACAGUCUAAUCCAGUGGCUAGGCCUAGCAUGAGGCAGGUGACGCAAUAUUUGAAUGGAGACGUGUUGCCGGAGAUACUCCUUGAAAGUGCAGAGUUUGGCAUGGUAAUACUAGGUCAUGGAGCACCUGCUGAUUUUGUAUUGUCUACUUGUUCUGUGUCCAGCAUCGAGUCAAUCCUAAUAAGGGGUCGUUGAAUUGGAGAUUUUUCAUGUAUAUAUAUAUAUAUAUAUGCUAGUUUGUGGCCGUAAAUUCAUUUUACUCAGAAUUAUGGACGGUGUUUGUCCUGUAAUAUUGCAUUAACACUUCUAGAUUAUAAUCAUGCGUCACUCAUCUUAAACUAUUAGCUAUAGCUUUCUCUGUAGGCAAGGGAACUCUCAUAUAAGAAGCAGCUUAUUACUUUUUCGUAAGACUCAAAAGCUGAAGUAACAAAAUUUGUUCUACAACAAGCCACUUCUCUGGGAUGGAUGCAAUGUUGCCAAGAUUGGUGAAUUAUACGGCUAAAGUUUCAGCAUGAGCUUCCUAUGUAUAUGUCAAAAUGAAAAUCUCGAUUUUCAAAAAAAAAAAAAAAAAAAAAAAAUUAGGAAAAAAUGAAAUUUUCAAACCCUUUGUAUUUCCUAUCUUAGACCAUGCCAGAAGGGCAAAUAGCAAGCUUAGGUUAAGGGGAAUUGGUGUGUGUAGCAAUCCAUUUAAACUGAAUUGAUGUAUAUAUAUUUGUCACUUUACUUUUGUACUAAGGGUGCGGAUAACCUGCUUCAAGGAAAACUGAUGGGGAAAAAUAGCAGAGUACUUAAGUUACACACUGAAAAUGACAAAGAAGUGCUAAUGAAGCUCAAACAUUGUUUAUUUUA